CCAAUAUUAAUAUUAUAACAAACACGGUGAAACUAUGAGAAAUCUAUGGAACGGAUAGUAAUUUAGUUAGGCCUGUUAAUUUAUCAUCUUAGAAGUACAAAAUAUGUCCUCCUAUAAGUCAGUGAGUAUUUUACGUUUGUUACCUUCAAAUAGGACUAAUUAUUCGGUCGGGACAAGAGCUUACCGGUACUACAGUAGUAAAACAAAUCAAAUUGACAUUGAACAUCAUGGGAGGGCAUCUUUAAAACUAUCUACAGGAAAGUAUGCUAGAUUUGCCGAUGGGUGUGCAGUAGCACAACUCGGAGAGACCUCAGUGAUGGUGACAGCCGUUUGCAAAACUAAGCCAACUCCCUCAGCAUUUCUACCUCUGGUUGUUGACUAUCGUCAAAAAGCUGCUGCUGCUGGCCGUAUUCCUACAAACUAUUUUAAGCGUGAACUAGGACCAUCUGAACACGAGAUAUUAGUCAGUCGUCUGAUUGAUAGAUCAUUAAGACCAUUGUUUCCAAAUAAGUUUUACUUUGAUACUCAAAUAAUGUGUAAUUUACUAGCAGUUGACAGUAUACACGAUCCUGACGUGUUGUGUAUAAAUGCUGCCUCUGCAGCUCUAAGUUUGUCUGACAUUCCAUGGAAUGGUCCUGUCGGUGCCGUUCGAGUGGGACUUUGUAACGAUGAAAUAGUAAUCAAUCCUACACGAAGAGAGCAAGCCAAUAGCAGUCUCAACUUGGUAGUUUCUGCCACAUCACAAAACUUAGUGGUAAUGCUUGAAGCUUCUGCAAACAAUGUUCUUCAACAAGAUUUCUUAAAAGCAAUAAAAGUCGGAGUGAAAGAGUGUCAAAAAAUCAUCCAAUCAAUUUCACAUUUGCAAAACACUUGUGGAAAACCAAAACGAACUUUUGAAACAAAGACAGAAUCGGAUGUUGUAAUAGAGGCAGUUAAAACAUUGUGUGAAUUGCGUCUCCGUGAAGUAUUUCAAAACUAUAAACAUGACAAAUUAUCAAGAGAUGAAGCUGUAAGAAAUAUUCAAACUGAUGUGCUAGAAAAACUAAAGGAAGGCAUGGAGUCACCUCCAGAUCAAGAAACGUUAUCCAGAGUAUUUAACAACAUAACCAAAGGCAUUUUUCGUGAUUUAAUUUUUGAGAGCAACAGGAGGUGUGACGGGCGAGAUAUGGACCAGUUAAGGGACAUCUCUUGUGAGGUUAAUCUCUACAAGCCUCUACAUGGCUCAGCUUUAUUUCAAAGAGGACAGACACAAGUGUUAUGCACAGUUGCUUUGGACUCUAUUGAAUCUGCCUUAAAACCAGAUCCUGUUUCUAUGCUUAUGAGUGGGAUAAAAGAGAAGAAUUUCUUCCUACAUUACGAGUUCCCUCCGUUUGCCACCAAUGAGAUUGGCCGGACGGGACCUUUUCAGCGCAGAGAGCUUGGACAUGGAGCUCUGGCAGAGAAGGGAAUCAGGCCAAUAAUACCCAAAGACUUCCCUUUUACCAUCAGGCUAACAUCAGAGGUGCUGGAAUCAAAUGGUUCCUCUUCAAUGGCGUCCGUAUGUGGAGGCAGCUUGGCCCUGAUGGACGCUGGAGUGAACGUGUCGGCACCUGCUGCUGGGGUGGCUAUUGGUCUGGUCAGUCGGUACAACGCAGACGAUACCAAACAUAUGACUGACUACCGUAUACUCACUGAUAUACUGGGAAUAGAAGAUUACAUGGGGGAUAUGGACUUCAAGCUUGCUGGUACAAAGAAAGGGAUUACAGCUUUACAAGUGGAUGUGAAGAUCCCUGGGUUGCCUCUUAAAGUAGUCAUGGAAGCUGUACAGGCGGCCACUGAGGCUAAAUCCAAAAUCAUAGAUAUCAUGAAUCAGGCCAUCAGCAAGCCCAGGCAGCCAAAAAAAGAAAAUUGGCCAAUUACAGAAAUUUUAGAUGUCCCAAUCCAUAAAAGAAGUAAAUUAAUUGGACCAGGAGGCUGCAAUUUGAAGAAAAUCAUGAUUGAAACUGGUGCUCAGAUAAUCCCUGAUGAAGAGAACGGUUUCCGAAUUUUCGCACCAAACCGAGAGGCGAUGGAUGAAGCUAAGGAAGUAAUCCAGUCAUUGCUAAAAGCAGACAAAGAACCACAACUCGAGUUUGGGGGAAUCUACAAGGCCAAAAUAGUGGAAGUGAGGGAAAUAGGUGUGAUGGUCAGCCUGUAUCCCAGUAUGGUACCUGCUUUACUACAUAACUCUCAGCUUGACCAGCGCAAGGUUAACCAUCCAAGUGCUCUUGGUCUAGAAGAAGGUCAAGAGAUUCAAGUCAAAUACUUUGGAAGAGAUCCUGUUUCAGGUCUGAUGCGUUUAUCAAGGAAGGUCUUACAAAGCCCAGCUUCUACCACAGUAAAAAGUCUACAGGAUAACAGAUAGUAACCAGAUAUAGCCUAUAAUAACUGUAAAUAAAAUAUUUUUCCAAUACCGACUU